CAUCUCUCUCUCUCUCUCAAUCUCAUUCUCUUCAGCAAAUGUCUCAGAUCUCCAUCAAAUCUCCAAAACACUGUGCAAAACAAGGGGCUGUGAACAUCGGUACGCGCUACAAGAAGAUCUUCUUCACCAUCUCUGGCUUGUUUACGUCCAUUCUUUCAAUCAUACUUUUAGUCUGGCUAAUCCUGCACCCAAAUAAGCCUCAGUUCUCCCUCCAACAAGCUGACAUAUACCAACUCAACCUCUCUGCAGGCCCUCAACUCCUCAACUCCUCCAUCCAACUAACCUUACUCGCUAAAAACCCGAACCAGAAAGUCGGCAUUUACUACGACCAGUUGCAAGUGUACGCAUCCUACAAAGGCCAGCAGAUAACUGUCUACUCUUCUCUUCCUCCUUUUUAUCAAGGACACCAGGAUAGCAACCUCUUGACAGCAUCUCUGGUGGGAACUGGGUUGCCCGUGGCCCCUGCUCUUGGAUAUGAAGUGGGGCGUGAUCAAACGGCCGGGAAGCUGGUGGUGAAUAUGAAGGUGUACGGAAGGCUCCGAUGGAAGGUUGGGACUUGGGUUUCCGGGCGGUAUAGAGUUAACGUCGACUGUGUUGCGGUUAUGGCUUUUGGACCUACGCUUCCAGCUGGUGUUCCUCUAUCUUCAAAGCAGGGGACUCAGUGUUCUACUACUGUUUGAUGAAGAUUAUAAUGUAUAAGUUUACUAUCACAGUACUAUAUAUAGCUCUGACGGCCUGUAAGUUAUUAUCAGCUUUGAUUGCUGGCUUCAGAUUAUCAUGUGAAUUACGGUUGCCAAGAUAUAUAAAGAAAAGUCUAAUUCUCUA